AUGGCGGUCCUCCCCGAGGAAGAGGCCGCGGAGGUCGAGGUCCUUAACGAGCGCCUCAAGAAGAUGACUGGAAUUACCGACAAGAUCUCCCGAAGUUUGACGAAACUAUCCGGCAGUGCUCAGCAGGUCGAGAUGUCCGUUCAACCAAUUCUGAAGCAGACGGGUUCGCUGACAGCGUUGGCCGGGAAUAUAAACUCUGGCAUUCGGGAAAUCGAUAAGACUAUGAAACUGCUGGACCUGGUUAAGCGGGAGGAGAAUACGAUCAGAAAGGGACCACAGGUGGUUGGGCUGCCCGACUACUUGGACUCCGUCAAAUGUCUCAGCGAAGGUCUCGCCGCUCUUCAAUCUACGGGCCUCAAAUCAGCUGAAAAAGCUGUGAAGGAGAUGACCCUCCUUUUGAAGACCGGCUCCGUCCAGCUCGAAGAUCAAUUCAAAAAGACACUUGCCCAAGACUCUACACCCUGCGAACCCCUCCACUUCAUCACCAAAAAACUCCCAUUCCCAGUCUUCACCCCCGAAAAACUAAAAACGAUCGCCGUAAUAAACGAAUUCCUCUCCUCAACAAUCGGCACAACCGCAACCUCCCAAUCCCAACAAGCCCAAUCUAGCGCCAUAAACAUCUACGCCGACGUUCGAGGCACCUACAUCUCCUCAUCCCUCUCCUCUCUCUCCCAAGGUUGCGUAAACACUGCUACUCGUAGGAACACCGCAGUCCCAUACGAAAAAGGUGACAACGGUAUCUCCCACUACGCACAAGCAUUAGAAGGCAUCUUCUCAGCAGAAUACGAUAACAUCCAACGUCUUUUCAAAUCGAACGUAUGGCUAAAAGUCUACACCCAAACGACUCAACAAGCUUUAACUGUGUUUUCGAAUACUGUUCGUCAACUUAAUAAGCACAUCGUAAGCUUUAUGAUCACAGACUGUUACCUAGCUUUCGACGUUAUCGAAUGUGUGACUGCAACAGCCACAAGACUCGGUACCAAAACCGGUGAAAAGAAUGAAUUCGUAGAAGCCUUGAAACCAAUCCGACAAACCGCUUCAGCAAGCUUCUAUGAAAUACUAGAAGAUCUGAAAAGGAAAGGAAACUCAAUGGCAUCGGUUCCAUUAGACGCCACAGUCUCGGAUUAUACACAAGCGAAUAUGGCCCGUCUCCGCCGUCUAACCGACUACCAAACUGCCGUAGCAGGGCUUCUUAUAUCCCUUGGUGAUAAAAACUGGAAUUCACCCUAUUCCCCGACAUUAGCAGCAAACCAGCAAUCAUUCGACGUCGGCGCCGAUGGUAACGUGCUUUUGGCGAAUUAUUGCAUGGAGUGUAUCGACAGAAUGCUGGAAAUCAUAGAAGCGAAAGGGAAAAUGUACAUCAAGAAACAACAGCAGUGUGCUGUAUUCAUGGUGAACAAUGUUGCCUAUGUCGAAACUUCAAUAAAAAGAGGUGGGCUGGUAGGAGUCCUGAGUCUAGGAGGCGGUAUCGCGAAGGUUGAGAAGUGGAGGAAGAAGGCGGUUGAGGAGUACAUGGUUCCAUGGAAAGAAGCCGCCGGCUACCUACUCGAUAUGACGUACACUUCCAAAGCUGCGAUCACCGUCGCCGCCAGCGGCUCCAAGCCCUCAUUAACCUCAAAGGACAAAGAAGCCAUCAAAGAAAAAUUCAAAAACUUCAAUACACUAUUCGAUACAUUAAUCUCUCAACAUAAGAGUUAUGUAUUCCCGGAUAAAGAAGUAAAAGCCAUGUUAUUCAAGGAGAUAACAUUUAUAAGCCCCCUUUAUGGAAGGUUUUGGGAUAAAUAUCAUGAAGUGGUGAAGGAUAAACAUGUCAAAUAUGAUGUUACGGCCUUGCAGAGUGUUUUGGCUAGUUGUCAGUAG